GGGCAGCAGAAACAGAGUACUGGGGUUCGGACAAGAGCCCAGCAGGCGAGAGUGCAAGUGAUGACUCAUAAGGAAGCUGCGGCCACCGACGUAAUCACAGGUACCUUGCCUGUUAACUUUGAUUAUGCGCAUGUUUUAUUUGAUUCGGGUGCGUCGCACUCUUUCAUUGCUCGAUCUUAUGUUUUGAAACGAGCUUUGCCUGUUGAUACCUCUGAUUGUGAACUGCAUGUGGACACCCCUUUAGGAGGGGUGAUGACUGUAGAUAUUUAUAUUGAUGGUAGACAGCUGAGUGCUAGUCUGUUUGUGUUAGAUAUCUCCGAUUUUGAUAUCAUUUUGGGGAUGGAUUGGCUGUCAAAACACUUUGCCUCUAUAGACUGUCAUCGGAAAUGGGUAAUUUUUAAUAUUCCUGGUGAGCCAGAAUUUAGUUUUCAAGGCAGUGGUUCUUUUGCUCCACCCGUGUUAGUAUAUGCCUUGCAGGCUCAAAAAUAUCUUGUAAAUGGUUGCCAGGGUUUCCUAGUCUCUGUUAUUGAUGCUAGUAGUGUGACAUUGAGACUAAAAGACAUACCGGUGGUGCGUGAGUUUCCGGAUGUAUUUCCGGAGGAUCUCCCAGGUUUACCUCCAGAUAGAGAGGUUGAAUUUGCCAUUGACCUUGUUCCUGGCACCGGACCCGUUUCCAAAGCACCAUACCGUAUGGCUUCUGCAGAAUUGAAGGAGUUAAAGGUCCAGCUGGAGGAACUCCUUGAGAAAGGGUUUAUAUGCCCUAGUGUAUCACCUUGGGGAGCUCCAGUGUUGUUUGUCAAGAAGAAGGAUGGCAGCAUGAGGCUAUGCAUUGAUUAUCGGGAAUUGAAUAAGGUGUCUGUGAAGAACCGGUAUCCCCUUCCUAGAAUUGAUGACUUGUUUGACCAGCUCAAGUGUGCUCAGGUAUUUUCUAAGAUUGAUCUUCGAUCUGGCUACCACCAGGUGAAGAUUAAACCGGAUGAUGUGCUAAAGAUUGCCUUUCGCACCCGUUAUGGUCAUUAUGAGUUUAUAGUCAUGCCAUUUGGCUUGACAAAUGCCCCUGCCAGAUUUAUGGAUUUGAUGAAUCGGGUGUUUAGCAACCAUGCUCUUCAUGAGAAGCACUUGAGGAUAGUCCUCGAGACGUUGAAAAGGGAGAGGCUGUUUGCUAAAUUCAAGAAGUGUGAAUUUUGGCUAGAUAAUGUUGCAUUCCUAGGUCACGUUGUGACUAAGGAUGGAAUUUCUGUUGACCCCCAGAAGAUUGAGGCCGUGGUUGAUUGGAAAAGGCUGAAUAGUGUUGCAGAAAUCCGUAGUUUUCUGGGAUUGGCUGGUUAUUACCGCCGAUUUGUGGGGGAUUUCUCUAGAAUUGCUCUGCCCAUGACUCGUCUUAUCAGAAAGGACACCAAGUUUGAGUGGACCC